AUGUCCAAAGGCAUUCCAAAGGGGAAAAGGGGACGAGACGGCCAAAGAUCGUCGUUUCCGUUUGAAGACAAUCGUUGCAUGCUCACAUCGACUGACACCAGGAAAGAGCGGCCGGCCAAAGCAGGGUGGAUGCCACAGAAGACACAUGGAAGGAACGUCAGAAGCCGACACGCUCAAUCCCCUCUGCACCUUCCUCACACCCUCUUGUGUCUGUUCCUGCUUCGCGCCUUCCUCCUCCUCCGCCUUUUCUUCUCGGACGGCACUGGGCUGCAGCGGCCCGGCAGUCACACGGGCUUCAAAAUGGAGCCAGCUUCGGAUUCUUGCUAG